AUGCCGGUGAAAAUCCCCAAGUUGAUGAUGGGGCACCUCCUCCACCACCUCCUGCGGUUUGGCCUCGUCCAGCGCGAGGUCCAUCACGCCAUACGGCAGUAUUGCUACUGGCUCCCUGAUCACUUCGCGCACAUCAAGGCCUCCAAAAUCACAAUCGACCUAACCGUCCCCUUGCAGGAGUGUGGGUUUGCGAAUAUAGGGUUUAAUUACCAUGCGGGCUAUCCUUUGCGGGCCGCACAGUCCUCUACCAACUCGGCCCUUCAAAAGGAUCCCAUCGCUGGGGAUCAUGGGCGGCGAUCCUGUCGAAGCUCCUCCAGGGCUUCUCGCGCAUAUUCCGCGAGUCUUUCCGAAUGGCAAGCUUCGCCGAAGUCCGCAACGCCUGCCAACAGUUUAAACGGUUCUGAAAAAAGUGCCAACGAACACUUGUUUUUUAUGUCUAAAUUACGCAGGGUGGAGCUGUGCAUCAUUCAGAUCUUGAAGAAAUCUCGCACGAUGAGCCAUUCAGAGCUGUUUGAGUGCGUAGGGGCGAAGCUCCAAGAUCGCUGUUCCGUACCCAUAACAUUAUUCAAGACAGGGAUCUCAAACCUUAUUGAAAAGGAGUUAAUGCAUAACAAGGGCCAUGAUGUUUAUGCCUACGUAGCCUGA